UGCAGCGUUGCAGAGGGGUUUUCCCAAGCUCCUCCCUCUUUAUUCAUUCAUAUUUUUUCCUCCCUGUGCAAGUGUGCUGUGCACAGAGCUGCCUGUCGUCAUUGCGUCUCUCGCUCAUUUCCAUCUUUCCCCUGCCCAGAUCUUGUUAAUGACAGCCGUGUCCCCCUCUCCCUUCCUUAUUCCCCCCCUUGGUGAAAUAAGAGGGGCAAAGGAGCCCUCCGAUCUUGGCAUAUUUGUCCGCCUGCCGCCUGUUUCCUUGGAGUAUAAAAACGGGGCGGGGGAGGGAAUCCUGUUGGUGGCCAGCGGAAGUACUACUCUAAAAGUGUAAAUAUUAUGUAAUGCGCUUCUUGUAUGUUGUAUCCGAAGGUCCCUAAUUUUCUGUUAUGUGUAAGCAUUCAAAGCCAGCUUUCAGUCUCAGAUGCUGAAUUUUUAGGCAAUACAGAACAUAGGCAGAACACAGUCAGUCCAUCAGCCUAUGGCCAGUUCGUCCAAGAGAAUAAUCCCAGAAGAGUAUCUGUCAGUCUGUUGCAUCAAAUGUAAACAAGAGUCUUGUGGCAUUGUAAAGGAUAUUCCAAGAUAACCUUUUAUUGACUGUAGUCUAGUUCUUCAGAUGUAGUGAGUGGCUUUUCUAUAUUCUUCUGUCUUAUGCAGUCGGUAUUUUUUUUAAAAAAAAAACAACAACAGUGGAAAGGAGCUGUGAAAUGCAGGAAGUGCAGGGUGAAAUAUAAAGAUGUAAAAUUCAUGUAACAAAAAGUACUCUAGUUGUAGUAAGUGUGUAAUAUGUAGGGUGACCUGGGUUAAUACUGUGAAAAUCCAAGUCCUGGGGGUAGGAAGUAUGAAUCCCAUCUUCACAUUGGAAUCUCUCUUUGAAGUUCUUUUGUUGAAGGAUGGUAAAUUUCAGGUCAGUAAUAAUGUUCUGGGAGAUCGCAAUAUUCAGAUUCCAGCAGGAGAAUAUUUCAGUCUAUUAAUGUGAGACUUGUGACCACUUAUUCAAAGUGACUUUCCUGUUUUUCCUUCGUAAGCUGCAGAGGCAAUUAUUGACAAAGGACUGCAUAUCAUGGAGCCCAAAUUGAUGUUCUGUAAAGGUCUGGAUUGUCUUCUAAACAGAACUUGUCACUUCAGAAAUAGAACCCACAGUCAAAAAUGACACAUGCGUUUAAAAAGUAAUCUGAUCAAGAGAAACUUUUGAUCUAUCUGUAGACUGUAAUGUAUAUCUAGAGAUGUAGUGCAUUGUGGAGGAAAUACAACAAUUGAAAUGGGGCACUGCUUCCUUAUUAGGACACAGGCCGAUGCAAGAAAUUAUUAACUUAUUUCUGAAAGUGACAUAUUGUUCAAAUUGGUAGUGUUCUUUGAAAUGCUCAUAAUUUCUCUUAACCUGGGAAAUUGUCCAUCACGAUAACCGAUGAGUCCCUUUAAUUUGUUUGACUGUAUUAACUGUAUUUACCAUCCUUCAGCUAGAGAACUUCAAAGAGAGACUCCAACGUGAAGAUGGGAUUCCUGAAGAGGUCAAGAUAGGCAGCUUAAAAACCCACACACCGAUGCUCCUAUAGUUCACUGGUGUGUCUCUGUUCACAUUUGGGCACAGUUACAGAAAAGAUGCAUUGAUGCAGGACAGGAGUGUGUGCGAAACAUGUGGAUUAACUGACCUCACUGGGAUGUUUAUGGAGCUGCUUCUGGUCUGUUCUCCAUUGCUGGAAAAUUGUGUAUGACUGGAUGAGAAUGCCUCGAACAAAACAAAUAAAUCCUAGAAAUCUGAGAGACAAAAUUGAAGAAGCACAAAAAGAACUUAAUGAAACUGAAGAUCCACAGAAAGAAAUCUCCGAGGCCUCUGCAAGAGGGAGUACAGACGCAGUGAAAGGUGUGAAGCGUAAAAAGAUCGUAACUGGGAAUCAUUUGACGAAAAUACCAAAAUCACCUCUGAGAACUCUGUCUCGGGUAAAACCCAAGGAGAAAACAGAACACCCUUCAUCGUCUUCUAAUAUUCUUCCUCAGACUCCCGAGCUGAUAAAAGAAGAGCACAGUUUGGUUACACAAAAUGGGAAACACGGCAAACACCACGAGGGAACACUUAGCAGUAAGGUAGCCGCUAACCCACCCAGAUCCGAGACUGCAGCGCACACCAGGCUGUGUCCGUUACCUCAAUCCUUGGACUUGAACAAAUGGCCAGUAGAAGACUACAGUUCAACCCAACUCAAUGUACCAGUCAAGAAGGGUCACCCCAGCACUUUGUCAACUAUAGCCAAGGCUGGCCAUGAUGAAUGUACUCCUUUUGCUGAAUGUAGUCAUUUGUCCUCGUGUGCAAAUACUGCGUUUGAUGUCUUACUGAAAGCUAUGGAGCCUGAGCUGAACACCUUAGCCCAAGAGUGCCCUUCGAGUAGGAUGCAAAUCGAAAAACUGAAACCAAAUAAAAUUGUAAGCGCCUCUACAUCCAAUACUCCGAGUGUCCAAAGUCACACUGCUUCACAGCAGCAAGAAUUUGUAGCUGGAUCUCAAUAUCAUCCCCGCAGUUCGCAGACGGUGCAUGUAGCAACAUCAGGGAAGAGUGAACAAACACAGAUGCACUCAGUUGCUCACUCGCAAGAACAAGUCCUUUCUAAAGCCGGGCAGCAGAACCAACAGAUGACCACAUGCCCCAGCUUUACUAAUUCAUUGAUACAGCAGCAGAAUCAGGAAAAUCUCAAGCUCCAGCAUAUAUACAGCAUAGCGGUAACCUCUUCUAUACUCAACCCACCAUCGUCUACUGUCACUCAGGUUUUUUCUCAAAACCCACUAGUAGCGAAAACGUCUUUGUCCGUUCACUCCUCUAGCUCUGCCACCCAGUUACCUAUCGCUCCGUUGUGCAAUUCAGCCCAAAUCGCUUCGGUUGUCAGCCACGGUGUGGAACAAAUAUGUAACCUUCUGAAAGACCAGAAGCCUAAAAAAAUGGGGAAGUACGUCUGUGAGUACUGCAACAGAGCUUGUGCUAAGCCCAGCGUUCUCCUAAAGCACAUCCGCUCCCACACAGGAGAACGACCGUAUCCGUGCGAGACUUGCGGGUUUUCAUUUAAGACCAAAAGCAAUCUGUAUAAGCACAAGAAGUCCCACGCCCAUGCUAUCAAACUGGGACUCGUCCUCCAGCCAGAUUCUAGUGGUCUGUUUCUCUCCCAUGAGUCGGAUAAAGCACUUAGCAUCCAUUCCGAUGUGGAAGAAAGCGGCGACAGUGAUGAUGAAGGCACCGCAGACGAAAGGCAAGAGGACCAAGGAUCCUUAGAACUGGAACACAUGCACGUAACGAAAAUCCUAUCCAAUUCUGAAUUGUCGCUCAAAGGUAGCUCAGUUUCGCUCAGCAAUCCGGAAUAUAAGGGUGACUCCCCGUUGCAGGACUCGUUCACACAAACAAGGACUUCUUUACCUAAAGUUGUUGUUCACCCUGUAAAUAUUUCUCCUUUAAGGUCCGAUAGCCCCAAAGUAGCAGACCACACUUCCACAGUUUGUACAACGCGACAAGGAGACCCGAAAGCCUCAAAUGUGAAACCAAAUGUGUCAUGCAUCGACUUAGUAAAGGAGUCUGAUAUUAAGCAACAGCAGAAAAUAGAAACAAGCAUUUCUGAGGAGCAGCAUGGGACCCCUAUAGUACACGCUCAGCUACAGAGGCAGCAGGCGACUGAUUGUUCCCAGGAUCAGCAAGCAAAAUGUCUCCUGAGCCCUAGAAGUUUAGGCAGCACUGACUCGGGAUAUUUCUCACGUUCAGAAAGUGCCGAUCAAAACAUGAGUCCCCCAACUCCAUUUAUGAAGGGACUGCCCACUUCUGAAAAAGACCUGAGUAAAAGUCUACCUUGUGUGCCAUGGAUGGGCACUACCGUGGCAUCUGUUGUGCAGACAGUUUGCUCUGACAAGAACUUGCUUCCCUCUGGUCAAAUGAGACCACCCUUGGCCACAAAAACCCUCGAAGAACGCAUUUCUAAGUUGAUAUCUGAUAAUGAGGCUGUAGUGGACGACAAGCAGUUGGACAGCGUGAAGCCGCGGAGAACGUCGCUGUCGAGGCGAGGCAGUAUUGACUCUCCGAAAUCCUACAUUUUUAAAGACUCCUUCCAGUUUGACCUAAAACCAAUGGGUAGAAGAACGAGUUCCAGCUCUGAUAUACCAAAGUCUCCUUUUACGCCCACUGAAAAAUCAAAGCAAGUUUUUCUUCUGUCCGUACCAUCUCUUGACUGUCUGCCUAUAACCAGAAGUAAUUCUAUGCCUACUACUAGUUAUUCAGCUGUACCUACAAAUGUGAUACCUCCCCCUCAUCCCCUGCGAGGAAGUCAGUCUUUCGAUGAUAAAAUUGGUUCCUUAUAUGAUGACGUCUUUGUCCCAGGACCUUCCACUCCACAGCUCCAAGGUGGACACCCCCGCACUCUUGUCAGACAAACAGCAAUAGAAGAUUCUUUAGUCACAGAAGGGCACGGCUUUGGACCAGCGCGGUCCGUAGAUGAAAGCUACGGAUGCAGCACAUCUAACGAAUUUGUAAUGGCAAGAAGCAAAUCGUUCGUACAAGGAUCGAACGUCGAUAAAACAAAGAAGUCACAUCAGGGCCGUGGAACAAUGUUUGAAUGCGAGACCUGCAGGAACAGAUAUAGAAAACUGGAAAACUUUGAGAACCACAAAAAGUUUUAUUGUUCAGAGUUGCACGGACCAAAAACCAAGGCAGCUACACGGGAUUCGGAACACAAGAAUGUUUCCAACAGUACACAGCCCCAAAUCCUUCACUAUCGUGUCGCCACUUCCACUGGUAUCUGGGAGCAGACAUCUCAAAUACGGAAAAGGAGGAAGAUGAAAAGCGUUGGCGAUGACGACGACGAGCCUCAGGCAAACGAUAACAACAGUCUGACAAAAAGUGUCGCGUCAGAAAGUCAAAAUAAGCCAGCCAGUACUGUCAGCGUCUCUAGACAUGCUCCCACUCUCCUGGGCUCACACAGCAUUUCACUUCAAAAACUGGCUCAAAGUGAGCAGGAACGUUGUGGCACAGAACAAGCCAUGGAGACAAAGAUAUCACUGCACGGUGAAAAGCAGACGGUCGCAGCCACGCAAGAAAAAACAGAACUGAAACGGCAAGGGGCCGGCAUUUCCGUCAUCCAGCAUACAAACUCUUUGAGCAGACCCAGUUCAUUUGAAAAAUCAGACUCUUUUGAAACGAUUUCUCCGGUUUCCUUUCAGGAUGGGAAUAAGGCUGCGAAGCUGCAUUCUCUGAAUACCAUCGUCGUCCAAGAGGAGAAGCGAUCCCUCUUGCGUGCCUCCCACGGCCAUCAGGCACUGGAAGCGCCACGGGGUCAGCUUCACGAACGUCCGGUUGCUCCCCACGAAAGGAACGCACCGUUGUCCUCUCUGAGACUUGUUCGCCAACAUAACAUCCAGGUUCCCGAAAUACUGGUCACGGAGGAACCAGAUAGAGAUCAGGAAAACCAAGGCAACGACCUGGAGAAGACAGAAAAAUUCAAUUGGCCCCAGCGUAGCGAGAGCCUGUCAAAGCUCCCUACGGAAAAACUUCCACCUAAGAAGAAAAGAAUCCGCUUGGCCGAAAUGGAGCACUCGUCUGCCGAGUCCAGUUUUGACUCCACGCUGUCUAGAAGUUUAAGCCGGGAGAGCAGCCUGUCACGCGCAUCUAGCUUCUCGGCUUCUUUUGACAAAGAGGAGAUCUCCAAAAACGAGACUGCUUCUAAAGCGGAACCUGCCAAUAAAUCCUUGGAAUUCCUGACAAUCCCCAACAGUUCCAAUAUACUCAGUGUGCCUCAUUACAGAGAAAUGCGCCGGGCUGCUUCUGAGCAAAUCAACUGUACCCAACCAUCCAUGGAGGUGGCGGAUUACAGAAGCAAGUCUUUUGACUGUGGAAGCAUGUCUCCACCCAAACCUGCCUCACUCGCAGAGACCGCUGCUUCCAAGUUGCCUUCGGGCAGUGGUGCGGUCGGACAUGUGCCUCUGUUGGAAAGGAGGAGAGGGCCCCUCGUAAGACAAAUAUCAUUAAAUAUUGCUCCAGAAAAAAAUCUGCCGGAAAUUUUGUCAAGCACUUCCUUCAAAGCUUCUCCUGAAACAGAGAUGUCUGCAGCAUCCUUUCAAAGAUCGCAGAGUUCUGGGAAAUCGGAUGAAUUUCCUUCCAGUUUGGAGCACCCCCAGGUUUAUGCCAAGUCUUUGUGUGAGCCUCUGUCCAUUAAAAACAACCUCUCUUUUAAUUUGCCUUCCAGUGAACAGGCUCUAGGUCUUGGUUUGCAACAUCAUGUUCCACAACCUUCACCCAGUCAGUAUUCACAACCCGCACUUAAAGGUCCAGGUCUUGGAACUCAGAAAGGCAUGAGCACAGUUACCGGUCAGCAUAGCGUGCAGGAAGAUUGCUUUGCCCCCAAAUAUCAGCUUCAAGUUAAAGCAAUGCACAUAGGUCAGCAAUAUUCUGUCGGUCUUCCAAGCACAGCUGGCAAAGAGCAGGCCGGGGUCUCAUUAGAAAUGCACACGCAACAAAAUGACAAAAUGUCCAACCCAUUUGGGCCGUCUCUCUCGCAAUACGUUCCUGAUCAUGGCGGUGGCCGCGUGUAUCAGGCAGCUCCCUUUGUCGUCCCUGUCCGUGUUCACAGUAAUAUUCCAUCGUAUGGCUUGUCUACGGUUGCGCCCCUUCCUCAAAUUCUAGUGACACAGGAUCAGGCCAGCCAGUCUCUUUGCAAAACCAACGCCGCAUUGGUGCCAACGCUAAAAGAUCAAGGUCAGCUGCCAAAGUCCCACAAAAAUCCUCUGAGGUGUUUGCCAAGUUCACAGCCAGGACUUUUUGGUGAAAACUUGCUGUUUGAGAUGGGAAGCAAAAAUCCCACUUCGUCAGGAUCCUUAAAUACCAUUCAGAAAGUGCCAGCGGGUGGACUUUUCCCUCAGCAGGAGGCCACGGCCUCAAGCAAACGCAUGCUCUCUCCAGCCAAUAGUUUAGACAUCGCCAUGGAGAAACACCAGAAGCGUGUUAAAGAGGAAAGCGGAGCCGCCAACACAACCGGCUCUGUGCCGCUGCAUCAGCUGAAUCUGAAACCCACUGAAACCCACAAACAGAAGAAGCCCGUCUUAGUGAGACAGGUGUGCACCACUGAUCCCCUUGAAAAUUUCUCCCUGGAUCAGGACGUCUUACCUCAUAACAAAAGCAGCAGCGUCAAUCAUUUGUCGGACGUGCCGCUGCUGCCAGCAUUGUCGGAUUGUGCUCCGCCUGGGGUGUCUUCAUUUGCAAAGGAAUCCUCGGAACGUACAAGUUUACCAACCUCUGAAACUGUCGGGUGUAUGGUCAGAAAGACACCUGAACCCGCUCUGUUGAACAGUCAGGCUUCUUUUCUAAAGCACCUAGAUAACAGUCAAGAAAGGAAAUCUCCAGGUGUUAUGAAUGAGAGUAUGCCACUUAACGUCCAGCACAAAGCAAAAUCUGGAAGCACGUUGUCUGUUGUGAAUGCAAGUGACAUUCAACGGUUAUCUUUUCCAAGCCUAAAAACAGCGACAAACUUUACGUGGUGUUACCUGCUGAAAAGAAAGCCUGUUCAUCUCUUACAGAACGACCAAAAGAUUUCUGUUUAUUCUUCUUGGUCCAUUAGUCCCAACAAUCCCAAUCCUCUUGGUCUGUCAACAAAAAUUGCUCUUUCCCUCCUGAAUUCAAAGCAGAAAGCUGGAAAAUCAUCCUACACUCAAGCAAUAAGUACUAACUUUAGAUCGGAUAUGCUGGUCUAUUCGAGCAAGUGGAAGAGCAACUUAUUUAAGCGGGCAUUAGUUAAACAAAAGGCAGCAAGGGAACUGAGCAAUAAAGAAAACUCUGACACAAGCACUGAUCAAGAUAACGAGAACUCUUUAGUCAAAAGUGAGCCCAGAAGAGUUAAAAUAUUUGAUGGAGGGUACAAGUCAAAUGAAGAAUACGUCUAUGUUCGUGGCAGAGGAAGAGGAAAAUAUAUAUGUGAAGAGUGUGGAAUACGCUGUAAAAAGCCUAGUAUGUUGAAGAAGCAUAUUCGCACACAUACAGAUGUUCGCCCGUAUCAUUGCAACUAUUGCAACUUUUCCUUCAAAACUAAAGGAAACUUGACAAAGCAUAUGAAGUCCAAGGCACAUAGCAAGAAAUGUAUGGAUCUGGGUGUUUCCGUAGGAUUACUAGAUGACCAAGAUGUAGAAGAAUGCGGUGAGAAGCAGCAGUCGGGCUACGAUCGCUCUGGAUUUGAUGCAGAGGAUUCCGACGUCCCCGAUGACGAUGACAAUGACAACGAGGAUGAGGACGAAGACAGCCAAGCAGAAUCGGUGUUAUCUGCCACCCCCUCGGUUUCAGCCAGCCCACAGCAUCAUCCCUCUAGAAACGUUUCCCAGGAGGCCUCGAGUGCUGACGAAGAUACCAGAAUCACGGAUUGUUUCGCUGGCAUUCACACAGACUCCAUGGAUGGCCUGCCGAAAGCACUUCUCACAAAGAUGACAGUACUUAGUUCGGUGCCCUCCGAAAGCAGCUGCUCGAGGCCCCCGGGAGUAGCUGCACCCCACGAAGCAAGCGACAGCUGCCCGCAAGUCCGGGGAACAAGCACAGAGGCUGUUCCCAGGUCUCCGUCUCAUCACAUGUAUGUGGACUACCCAGAUGCAGACGAAGCAUUAGGAAGUUCUGCUGGUGCUACUGUUGUUACUACAGCGGUUUCCAAGAGCACAACCUGUACAAGACUUCCUUCCCCACCUGUGGACCGGAGUACGCAAACCACAAUGGUGGCACCUUCAGUGGCCUCACCUUACCCAGAGCUCUUAGAGCAGAAGCAUCAGCUGCAGACCACCCAUUCAGCCCUGCCCCAGGCCCACCUCUUCAGCCACCUCCCCUUGCACUCACAGCAACAAGCCAAGACCCCUUACAGCAUGAUUCCCGUGGGAGGGAUCCAUGUGGUACCUGCUGGCUUGGCCACAUACUCAACGUUUCUCCCCAUUCAGGCUGGGCCCGUGCAACUGACUAUUCCCGCUGUGAGUGUGAUCCACAGAACUACAAGCGCUCUUGGCGAUCCAGCCUGUGGGAUCUCCGGCACUGCAAAGCGUCUUGGUGUUGCUGAAGUGAACAAUGUUGUGCCCUGCAUCCCGAUUGGCCAAAUUAACGUGCCAGGUCUACAGAGCCUCAGCGCACCACCUCUGCAGUCUCUUCCAUCGCUGAGCAUGGAGACGGUGAACAUCUUGGGGUUGACAAACACCAAUAUCGCUCCCCAAAUACACCCUUCGGGGUUGACCCUAAAUGCAGUAGGGCUACAAGUUUUGACUGCAAACCCUUCCUCUCAGAGCGCCCCCAGCCCUCAGACACACAUUCCAGGUCUACAGAUUCUGAACAUAGCACUGCCGACUUUAAUCCCUUCAGUCAGCCCCAUAGCCACGGAUGGGAAGGGUUUCCCAGAACCAUCAGCUUCCAAUAACAAGGCCUGCGAAACUCACCAGGAACGGGGUCCUGUGAGUUUUGUUGCCGACGAUCCCAGCAAGAUCUCCAGUGCUCAGUCUCCUCAGGUGGCACCUGCCGACCAACGGUACAAAGUUAAAAAUCUGUUGGAACCUGCUUCUUCGAGCGAAUACCAGCAACGCAAUAGCUCGGAUAACCUGGACCCAGAAAAGCCUGACUCAGAGAGUCAUAUAAAACCAAAGUGCAAUAUCAGUUCUGUUCGGGUCGAACGGGCUUCGGUAUCAGAGCCUCCCAUGAAGGUGAAUUCUGAUGUUUUAUCCAGUUCCCCCUGCUGUCAAACUGUCUCUUCAGAAAGACAAGCACUUAGGCGGAAAGUAUUGCCUGAGCGACAGAAUACUGUGGAGUUUAGUGACAGCAGCGACGACGAAGACAGGCUCGUAAUAGCAACCUAGGGGGUUCGGUUUUCUCUUCGGUUGUGUGUGUGUGUGAGUGUGCAGGCGUGUGUGUUUAUUUUUAUUUUUUUUUAAGUAACACUUACUGGGUUUCUUUGCAAACCUCCCUUUUACUUAAAGCACAUUUUUUCUGACACAAACUCAUUACUAAUCUUUGUGCAAUCAUGAACUUUUGACCAAUAAUUGUUGUUUCUUGUCAGCUCCGGCCAUUUUUUUGUACAUGUUGUAUAGACAAUUGUGCCUUUUUUUGGAGUUUUAUGUUUAGAAAGGUGUACAGAUUGUCAAAAUGAUAUAUAUAUAUUAUAUGUAUAUUAAAACUAAGUAGUUUCUUGUGUUUCGUAAGUAAACAACAAAAUCUUAUGUCAGAUGAAAAAAAUGAUUAAAUUAUAUGUUGCACUGUUAAAUGUAAAUUUUUAUGGCUGUGGGGCAAAGUUUGUGUGUACAGAUUGAGUAUGUAAAACUCCAUAUUUAUUGUAUCCGUAUUAGUCUUGGGGGAAAGGGUCUAUUCAUCUUUCUUGUGUAUGCCAUUAGCUUUACACUUAAAAGAGAAGCUCGUAUCUGUGUUAUUGAAUUAUUUCAGUAAAAUUUUUGUUUACAGACUUUA